UUAUUGCGGGACUGCCGCAGGCAUUCUGACACUGAGGGGGAACUGACUAACUUCCACUGACAUCCCCAGUGACAUUAAUACAGUGAUCAGUGCUAAUAAAAAGCACUAACACUGUACUAAUGACACUGGGCAGGAAGGGGUUUACAUGUGGGGCGAUCAAAGGGUUAACAAUGUGCUGUGUUGUGUUUUACAUAGUGUGCUGUGUUGUGUUUUACAUGGGCGACAAACUGCUUUGUAUUGCUCUGCUGUGCUGAGCAAUACUAAGCAGCCUGUUCAUGCUGACAGGGGAGAGAUCUGUAUUGUUUACAUACAGACC